AUGUUCUUGAGCUACAGUAUCCGUGGAAGCUUGUUGCUAGCAUUAGCAGCGGCAUGGAACACUGAUGUCCACAACCAGAUCGGCUUCAUGGCCGAGACAUUCCUUGAUCCCUAUACUACCUCCGUCCUCGAACACAUCCUAGAACCGCAGUACAACAGGUCUAUAGGUAGAGCGGCCGCCUGGGCCGAUGGCUACGCACACACAGACGAGGGCCGCUUCUCAUACCAGUGGCACUGGAUAGACUCGCAUGAUUUUCCACCAUAUCGUUGCGACCUCAACUAUACUAGGGAUUGUGCGAAAGGAGGUUGCGUCGUCUCUGCCAUUGCCAACCAGACGCAGAUACUGAAGGGCUGUAUUGACCAUGUGAAGAGCGGCAGCUUGACAGGAGGCGCGAACUUGACGUGCUCAUACGCGUUAAAAUGGAUUUCUCACUUUUUGGGAGACAUUGCCCAGCCUUUACACGCGUCUGGACGGGCUGCGGGAGGGAACUUCUUCAAGGUGACGUUUGGGAAUGUAUCGACCGAGCUCCACGCUGUCUGGGACGGUUACAUACCGUAUGCCGCAGCUAACGUCACCGAGCCCUUCUCGAACCACUCCAUAGCCCCAUUCUUCGCCGGCCUCGUCUCCCGCAUACGGAAAGAUCAGUUCUACGAGGCUCCAUACAUGUGGCUGGAGUGUAGCAAUCCGGAUACCCCGAUUGAAUGUGCGACGCGCUGGGCUCGCGAGAGCAAUAAGUGGACAUGCGACUAUGUCUAUAGCAGAGUUGAUAAUGCGACCGAUCUGGCCAAGGAUGGGUACGCCGUUGGUGCAGUCCCAAUUGUGGAAUUGCAGAUCAGCAAGGCGGCUCUAAGGCUCGCGACAUGGCUGAACAAGCUGGUCAGAACGGACGUAUAUGCUCCCGAAGAGCAGAUAGAGCUUUAG